GUUGCCGGCAACUUUGAUAACCACAGCUCAAGAACUCCUGCAACUGGUGAGUGUGUGUUUUUACUCUGAUCUCCAUCUGCAGUCACAAAAAACCAACCCACCAAGAAUGAGACUGCCAAGACUGCAAAUUUAUGUGAUUAUAUAGAGCAUUGCUUGCUUUCCUUCUGCUACUGAUGAAUGUUACUGUAAAUGUGCAACAUCUGCUCCGCUAGCAGAGAGGUCCCCUGUGAGCGCGCUUCUCCAGACAGUGACAUCACGGCGUUAUCUAGCCAGCGUGUAAGCAGGCAGGCUAGCAGCAGGCUGUUCUUCCUCUGGAGAGCUCUCCCCUGCUACACCACCGCAGACUGCUACAACCGAAGAUAAGAGUGUCUUGAUUUUUACCUCUUUAGUGAGUACCAAACAUGGAUAGUUUCCAAACAAUCCUGAAGUUCUUUAUGAACCGGAAAACCGCUAUAGGUUACAGCUUUAUGGCACUGCUGACAAUGGGAGGUGAACGUGUGUUUUCUCUUGUUGCUUUCAGAUGCCCCUGCAGCAAUGAGAACUUCAGGUACGGUUUGGUAUUUCUCUUCUCCCCAGCUUUUGUUUUGCUAGUUAUUGGAUAUUUCUUGAACAGCAAGACCUGGAAACUCUUUACAGGCUGCUGGGUGAAUCCCAGAAAAAUAUUCCCCAGAGGCAAUAUCUGCCAUUGCUUUUACAUCUUUGGACAAAUCACUUUAAACGCUCUGGUAGCCCCAGUGAUGUGGCUUUCGGUGGCUUUGCUCAACGGGACUUUUUACGAAUGUGCCAUGAGUGGCUUGAAAAAUCCUGCCUACUUACAUGCAGUUUGCGACAGCAAAUCUGCGAAGUGCUUUGAAGAGCUACACAAGGUAGUCUGUGACAAAAGCUCCAUGCCCUUUUCAGAGAGCGAUGAACUGAAACGAACUCUUCAAGCACAGUCCCAGAUUUUAGGCUGGUGUGUGAUCGUUACCACAGCUCUUCUCUCCCUGCUCACCACUUGCUGUGCCAGCUGCCAGUCGAAAGUCAGCCACCUCCAGCUGAUGUUCUGGAGGGUGUACACGGAGAAGGAGAAGGAGCAACUGGAGCAGAUUUUCCAGCUGUAUGCCACCAAGCUGAGUGAGCGAAACCUGAAGUGCUUUUUUGAGAACAAGGAACCAGAAGCGAUUUCCCUGCCGGCUUUUCAGGCAUGGGAAGAUGCUUCCCAGCUCUACUCUUUCAGCAGUAGCAAACAGCAUUAUAGCACAAUUCAUAAGCUAGUUGAAGAAGGCCAGAAAGAAAUCCAUGAGGAAAGAGAGACAAUGCUGGACUUUGCAGACAGAAGGGAGAUACCAUAGAUAGAAUAUAUUUUCAGCUUUUUUCUGUCUUGAUAAUACAGCGUACUUCUAGCUGGUUUCAUCUCUGUAUUUUUUCACAGUGGCCUCUUUCUUCUUCAUCACGUUGCCUCCCAGUUACAAACUUGCUCCAAAAGGAUGGAAUGAAAUUAAUUCCCUACAUCAGUGAAAAGGCUGCAGUCCUCCAUGACACCUAGGGUUCAUGCUGUACUAAUGUUGCUGGGUCUGGAUCAAGACCUGACAGCGAAAAGAGAUGAAUAAUGACUUCUACAAGAGGGUUUUAACAAUAUCCUAUGUAAAAGGUGCUAUAUAUACUCGUCCUAUGUAAAAGAGACUAUCAUAAAGUAACACUAUUUAAUAGGUCUGAAUAUAAUAAUAGAAGAUGUCUGUGGCUUUCUGACAGCCCGUAGAAAGCAGAGGUUUUGCUUCCAGGCCAUUUCCAGGCCAUUUGCAGGUACAGCAUUGUUUUGAGGCACCAGUGGUCACUCACAGCAUCAGAGCGUCUUUGGACUCCUGUUGCACCUAGAACACCACGGAUGGUCCCAGUGAUCAGCCCUGGUCUUCUAGUCCCUGAGACAUGGGGCAGCAACCUCCACUGACAGUGAGGUGCCAGGUAAAUUUUUAGACAAAUCGUAGAGCCGAAGCAUACCAAGAACUUGAAAUUACCAAAUGGUUUGGCAUUUUCAUGUUUUUGUUAAAAAAUAACAUGCUAUUUCAAAACAUAAUUAGUCAUUGUUAGUGCUUUGUUACAACAAGGAAAAUGCAUCACUGAUAUUUUGCCUCCGUAGAGUACUUGGUAUUAUCUCCUCCCACUGAAAAUUUCUCUCUUUACCUGUAUAAAGCUCCUGUUUUGAGUGGGUUUUGGGCACUGGGUGCAGCCUAUAGAGCUAUGUAUUAUUGUUUGUACUGGGCCUGCAGCCAGUGCACAACAGAGGGCCUGGAAGGAAAUUCCACAUUUUAAGACAAGAAAAUAUUUUUGCAACAGGCUGAUUUUCAUUUUUCUGAAUAGCUUAGGAAACUCAGUGUCUGGAGCAAGAGGAACCGGCAGGCAACGCAGGUGAGGUGACUGCACAGUCAGUGCUUCUGACAAAUGCAUUUCACCCCAGAGCCCUGGGCUCUACCUCACCUACUUGGAAUUCACCACGUGGCUCUCACACAGGGUGUCCAGAGUCUUUGCAACCACUGUAUAAAAGGAGAACAAAGCUUCUGCCAAGUUUCUUUCCCUGGGGUGACUGGGCAGGCUUUUAUGCAACAUUUUACUGCCAGUCUCCCUGAGUCUGCAAAGAAUCAUAUUUUUGCUCUGCUUGAAUCAGGCUCUUAUCAACAAGCCAGGGUACUCUGCCCAGCUGUUAAAAUACUCACUACACUUCUUCAGCAGAAAAAAACAUCUAGCUGCAUUUAUAGACCAUUACUCCUUUUUAAAAUAAAAUCCAAGAGCUAAUUCCACUGUCUGCUUAGAAUCUUCUCUGUGUGGUUUGAAGAAUUUGUGGUCUUUGAGCAAAUGCUUUAAAUUUUUUUAUCCCAGCUGACCCACUUCGUAGCAGACUUAGAACAUGUUAUAUGCUUAAAUGUACCUGCUGCAGCUGAAAGCACAGAGGCAACACUGCCAAAAUGAAAGUCACAACAGCAGGCGUGUCUGACACCAUGUCUGGCACGUACGCAUUUUUUCUCCCCGGGCUCCUCUCCUGGUAUAGCAACUAUCUAAUUCCAGGGUACGUGUCGCUUCCCAUUUGUCCGCUUUUCUCUUUCUUUAUGAGAGAUGCCCCAACAUCUACUGCCCAGUCCCCAUCUCACCGCCUCCCUACAUGCGAGGGGAGAGGACACACCGUCUAACAGAAUGUCCCCCCUGCCUGGACCAAACUUCCCUUCCCAAAGCUGCCUUUCCACCUCCUUUCUCACUGAUACCGCAGAAAACCAAAGCAAGUAGGGACGCAAAGUAGGUUAACGAGCCGAUCAAGGUAUAUGGGAAACAAGCGAGUUGGUGUAAGGAUGAGGUCUCCACUGUGAUACAAGAGCUGGGACACAGAGGCAAAAGCAUAGUUGGCAGAGGGAAAGGUAGGAGGGAUCCCACGUCGGGCUUUGGGCACCCUCUUUUUCCUCAGGAGAAGGCUCAAAGCUCUGCACCUGAGUAGCCAGGUCCAUCUGAAACAGGAGUGUUUCCCAGCCUGGCCUUCUCCUUUAUCGUGGAGGGGGAAAACCGAGGUGCGUUCUCCUCUCCUCAUCCUUACCCUGCUUCGUGUUCACAGGUGAAGGCACGGUGGGAGCAUCUCACCUCCGAGAGCAGCUGCUGAACACUUAGUGCUGUAACAUGUGCCUGGUAGGACCCUAAGUCUCUCGCUGACCCUCGUUCCCAGGGCUGCGCUACUCUUAACUGUGUCAUCUUACCAAAAUGCCUGUGACUUAAUGCAAUUGCCACGCGGAUAUAAAAACAGACAAAAAUAAAAGCCAGUUUGACCCUAUGUUUUCAGCUGGAGUCUGGUUUUGGCAAACUUAACCCUGUCCUUCAAGCAGUUAUCGCAAAAGAUGUUUUGUAUCAACAUUGCCCUUGAAUUGAAGUUCAGCAGCUACCAUGGCAGCUCAGAAGGAGGCAAAGGCUAUUAUCAACACUAUCCAAAACAAACCAGCUGGAAAAAAAAACCCCAAAGAGUAGAAUCAACUUUUUCUCUUGGAAAUUUAGAUUUUGCAUUAACUCUGAUGUCUGUCAAAAUAUGAGUGCACAAAUAAACAGGAAACUUCUUCUCGA